AUGGAGGGACAGAACGGCAGCGGCGGCAUUAGCCGCCGGCCGCGCGGCCCCGUGACGGACGGCAGCAAGAAGAAACAGGAGGAGGAGAAGGAGGUGAAGAAGGAGGAAGAGGAGGGGAUCCCCGACAGGGUGAUGCUGAAGAAGGAGAUCGGGCUGCUGAGCGCGUGCACCAUCAUCAUAGGGAACAUCAUCGGCUCGGGGAUCUUCAUCUCUCCGAAGGGGGUCCUGGAGCACUCGGGCUCGGUGGGCCUGGCCCUGGUGGUCUGGGUCCUGGGGGGCUGCAUCGCAGCCUUGGGCUCCCUCUGCUACGCAGAACUGGGCGUCACCAUCCCCAAGUCCGGGGGAGACUACUCCUACGUCACCGAGAUAUUCGGCGGUCUGAUGGGCUUCCUGCUGCUGUGGAGCGCCGUGCUCAUCAUGUACCCGACCACGCUGGCCGUCAUCGCGCUCACGUUCUCCAGCUACAUCCUGCAGCCCGUGUUCCCCGACUGCGUGCCCCCCUACCUGGCCACGCGCAUGCUGUCCGCCACCUGCCUGCUGCUGCUCACCUGGGUGAACUGCUCCAGCGUCCGCAUGGCCACCAGGAUCCAGGACGUCUUCACGGUGGCGAAGCUGAUGGCCCUGGGCCUCAUCAUCGUGGUCGGCCUGGUCAAUAUAUGCAACGGGAACUACGAGGCGCUGACGCCGCAGGUGGCCUUCGCCAUGGAGCGCACGCCGUCCGUGGGUCAGAUCGCGCUGGCCUUCCUGCAGGCGUCCUUCGCCUUCAGCGGCUGGAACUUCCUCAACUACGUCACGGAGGAAGUGAUUGAUCCCAGACGGAAUCUACCUCGCGCCAUCUACAUCUCCAUCCCAUUGGUGACCUUUGUGUACACACUCACCAACAUCGCCUACUUCUCCUCCAUGUCGCCCGAGGAGCUGCUGUCCUCCAACGCCGUGGCUGUCACCUUCGGAGAGAAGCUGCUGGGCAUGUUCUCCGUCAUCAUGCCCAUCUCCGUGGCUCUGUCCACCUUCGGGGGGAUCAACGGCUACCUGUUCACCUCCUCCAGGUUGUGUUUCUCCGGAGCGCGAGAGGGCCACCUGCCCAGCCUGCUGGCCAUGAUCCACUACAAGAGGUGCACGCCCAUCCCCGCCCUGCUGGUCUGUUGCGCCGCCACGAUUGUGAUACUUUGCAUCGGAGAGACGCACAACCUGAUCAACUACGUGUCCUUCAUCAACUACCUGUCGUACGGCGUCACCAUCGCCGGCCUGCUGUACCACCGCUGGAAGAAGCCCAACCUGUUCCGGCCCAUCAAGGUGAACCUGAUGGUUCCUGUGUGCUACCUGAUGUUCUGGGUGUUGCUGCUGGGGUUCAGUCUGUACUCGGAGCCGCUGGUCUGCGGCGUGGGGUUGGUCAUCAUACUCACCGGCGUACCCGUCUACUUCCUGGGCGUCCAUUGGAAAGAAAAACCAAAGUGCAUCUACAACUUCAUUGAGAGGGCGACGUACGUGGGCCAGAGGUUGUGUUUCGUGGUCUUUCCUCAGAUCGACCCGAUCCAGAUGGACGAUCCCUCAGAGUGGACUGACCCAUCAGGAAGGAGCAGCUCGGCUGCCACUUCUUAAAGAACAUGUUCCUCGGCACACACGAAGAUCCUUUUGGUUUUUAUUCCGGCGCUGUGUGACCCAGACACUUCUUCCUGGUUUGGGAGCGUCCUGUCUGACCUUUGACCCCUCUGAGACUCUGGUUCCCCCUGGAAGCUUCUUUUUAUGUUCUCAUCUUUUCUACUAAAUCCUCAAGUUACAACCACCUAAUGCCGAUGGGGUCGUGACUGUUGCUCCAUUCUGGAUCCCAUGUGUUCCCAAACCAACCUGUCAGUGUUCUGAACAAAUGAAGAACUUUAUUACUUCAGAAAAGAUCUGCAGUGAAACCCGAAGUCCAAGAGGCUUGUUCAGACUCUCUGUUCGACAUUUCUACCAAACGUACGUCCUAUUCUAGAAGAGGUUCAGGCCUGUGUGUCAGUAGAGAUGAAGGGUAACGGCCUCCACACGCAGAACCAAAGGGAACACCAGAACUUUGGGUUCUAGAAAUGAGGAAGCUUCAUUGUAAUCCCAGUGUCAGACAUCGACUUGGUUUCCAUGGUUCAUGUUCCCCUGAUGAUGAAUCCCAAUGACAUGUACUAGGUUUCCAUGGUUCAUGUUCCCCUGAUGAUGAAUCCCAAUGACAUGUACUUGGUUUCCAUGGAUCAUGUUCCCCUGAUGAUGAAUCCCAAUAACAUGUACUUGGUUUCCAUGGUUCAUGUUCCCCUGAUGAUGAAUCCCAAUAACAUGUACCUACUUGGUUUCCAUGGUUCAUGUUCCCCUGAUGAUGAAUCCCAAUGACAUGUACUUGGUUUCCAUGGAUCAUGUUCCCCUGAUGACACCACUAGAAGUUCCUCUCAGGGAGAGAUUUGUGUUUCAGAAGCGAGCCGAACAUCAUCCACAUGUGAUACAUUAGAUCUGGAGGUUCUCCUCUGAAGGUUCUCUGAGUCAUCUGGUGAACAUUACAUGUUAGCAUGAACAGUGUAGAAUAGAAAUGCACCAACACAACAAAGUGUUUGAAGACAAAUGUACUCAGGUGUGUUACUUUAGUUGUAGUACAUUUGUAUACUACAGUGUAGAAAUACUUUGUGACGAGUACUGCAUUCAAAAUGUUACUUCCCUCUCAUAUGCAAGAGAGAGUCAUCCAUACUGACAUCCUUUAUAGGUGGAGGAUGCUGCCACAGCACCAGCUAUUGGCCAGAUGGCUCAGACAUUAUAUCUACACACGCCCACCAAGUAUUGGAGGAAAAGCACAAAUAUAAUAUGAUAUUUAUUCUAAUGAGCUAACUUUGAUAGCCAGCUAUAAAAAAAUGAUGGAACAUAAAAAAAUCCACAAAAAGCUACAAAACUAGGGAAUAUAUAUAUAUAUAUCCUAUUAUUGAUUAAAUGUAUUGAUGCAUUAAAGGGAACAUCACUUGUUGAUGACAUUUUGAUUAUUUGUCAAUUAUAUAUAUAUUUAUAUAUAUAUUUAUCUAGUUAUACAUACAGAAUAUAUAGAUAAAUAUAUAUUUAUCUAUAUAUUUAUAUAUUUAUGUGUACAAUAUAUAUAUAAUAUAUAAUUAUUUAAAUAUAUAUAUUUAGAUGCAAAGUCAUGAAAAGCUAAAAUAAAUGGAGUGAAGUGAAAGUAUAAAGUACAAGUACCUCCACAGUGUACCUUCCAACAGUUUUCUUGUAUUGUUAUGUACAUUUGACUUUAUGUGAAAAGGCCUUUAUGGGAGAACAUGUAUAUUCACAAGUUGUUUAUUAACUGAUUCACUCUUUUAGAGUUAAUAUAUAUUUUUGCGAGUGCCUUUUCUUUCCUUUGUGUCUUGACUGUUGGAGAAGCUCUAGUGUCUUCCACUGUCUGGUUUUCUCUUUUAUUUUGAAAAACCAGAUGGCGCCGGACUCAUUUUGCACAAAACCCUGAAACGUUUUUAUUAAUCUGUUGUUAACAAAAGUAUUUGUGCUGGUUUGGUUGGAAUCCACCUUUAAUGUUGUGUUUAUUAAGCCAUGCUAAUGAAAUGAGCCUUUUUGUAUUGAUAAGGUCCAUGUAGCUCCUCCUGGUUUAGUAUUAAUCUCUUCAUGUUGACUCUAUAAACGCUUUCUGUGGUCA